AUGCCUCUUAGUCAGAAAUUGGAUGAGCCUCUUGUCACAGUUGAGAUUGCUGAUUCCAGCACAAUGCAGCAGGCAGUUGAUCCUCUUGCUACGACGAGCACGCCAACGGCGGAGCACGUCAAUGGCGCGCCGCCAGAGGAGGGCCUCCGGCGGCAAGGGCGGGUGACCAAUCAGUUGCAGUUCCUCCAAAAGAACGUCAUGAAAGCAGUGUGGAAACAUAAGCUAGCAUGGCCUUUUCAACAACCUGUCGAUGCAAAAAAAUUAAAUCUUCCGGACUACCACAAAAUUAUAAAAAAGCCAAUGGAUUUAGGAACAAUCAAAAAGCGCCUCGAGUCAAAUUACUACUAUUCAGCUCAGGAAUGUAUCCAAGACUUCAACACCAUGUUCACAAACUGCUAUGUAUAUAAUAAGCCUGGCGAAGAUGUAGUAAUAAUGGCGCAGACAUUAGAAAAACUUUUUUUGAAUAGGAUAGCACAAAUGGAAAAGGAAGAGAAAGAGGUGGAAAUGCCGUCUAAAGGCGGCAAGGGUGGUGCUAAGAAGCGCACGAGCACGACCGGCGCCCCCCCCGCGGCGGCGGCGCCGGGCGCCCCCCCUCGCGCGCCCGUCAAGACGCUGGCCGCGCCGCCGCACACCGCGCUCUUCGGGAACACCACCGCCGCGCCCACCGUGCCCGCGCCCGCCGCCACGCCCCCCGCCACACACACCGGUCUGCCACAGCAGGUGGCGACGCAACCUUCCAAUUUCCAUGUGACGCAAGCUGCCGCACCUCCAGUCACUACCAUCCCUGCAGUCACUUUAUCACAAACCCAACCUGCAAAGGUGAAAAAGGGAGUAAAAAGAAAAGCAGAUACUACUACGCCUAUGGGAAGUUCCUUUGAGGGUGGUUACACUACUCCGACCAUAGACCAGCAGAGCGGGCCGAAACCAGCUAAAAUAUCAACAAGAAGAGAAAGCGGUCGCCAGAAAAAGGUUAGCAGAGCAGGUGAAGAUGGUUUCAAAAUGGGCGGUCUCUCACCGGGCAUUGCCGGGGCCGGCGCUUCACAUCACUCCGUCAUGACACCUCAAUUAGCCAAGGGCAAAGAAAAGUUGUCUGAUGCUUUAAAAAGUUGUAAUGAAAUUCUAAAAGAACUGUUCUCCAAAAAGCACUCUGGAUAUGCUUGGCCAUUUUACAAACCGGUAGACGCAGAGUUAUUAGGUCUUCACGACUACUUUGAUAUAAUCAAAAAACCUAUGGAUCUCGGGACUGUAAAACAGAAGAUGGACAAUAGGGCGUAUAAGACGGCCACUGAAUUUGCUGCCGAUGUUCGUUUAAUAUUUACCAACUGCUAUAAAUAUAACCCUCCAGACCACGAUGUUGUUGCUAUGGCGCGAAAAUUACAGGACGUGUUUGAAAUGCGAUAUGCUAAAAUUCCCGACGAACCUGUUCACGUUGGCGUGCCACACAUGGACAAAGGUAGUUCCGCGUCAAGUUCAGAAUCUGGAUCAGAGUCGGAUUCCGAAUCCGAUGACUCUGAAGAGGAAAGAACGAACAAAGUGAAACUACUGGAAAAGGAGCUUCUUGCAUUACAAGAGAAAAUGAGGAAGCUUGUAGAGGAAUCUAACAAUAAGAAAAAGGCUAAAAAGAAAAUAAAAGAAAAGCAGAAGAAGCCAGUACCCACGCCUGGAAUUCCAAAAGCCGCCAACGCUGCAGCUGCGGCGUACGCGGCUAAAGCAAACAAUAUAGCAGAAAAUUUAGCGGCGAACGCCGUCCGAGGCAAGACGGGUAGGUCGCGCGGCGGCGGCGGCGGCGGCAAGGCGGGCGCGCGCGCGGCGCCGGCCGGCAAGAAGAAGAGCUCCACGCCCACCGCCGCGCCCGCCGCGCACCAGCCGCCGCACCCCGACUCUGAGGACGAGGACGUCGCCAAGCCCAUGUCGUACGACGAGAAACGACAGCUGUCGCUUGACAUCAAUAAGCUGCCAGGCGACAAACUUGGAAAGGUGGUCCACAUCAUUCAGAGCAGGGAGCCUUCGCUUCGUGAUUCCAAUCCCGACGAAAUAGAAAUAGACUUUGAAACGUUGAAGCCUUCUACUCUGAGGGAACUAGAAAAUUAUGUAGCCUCAUGUCUACGGAAAAAGACACAUCGUAAAAUGUCAGGUAAAUCUAAAGAUGAACAAAUGGCAGAGAAAAAACAGGAGUUAGAAAAGAGGUUACAGGAUGUAUCUGGACAACUGGGAGCAAAUAAGAAACAACAGCAGAAAAAAGACGGAUGCAAAGAUGGCCUCGGCGGAGGCAUGUCGUCGUCGUCCAGCUCCUCGGACUCGUCCAACUCGUCGUCCAGCACCGACACCAGUUCGUCGGACAGCAGCGAUAGUGAAGCAGGUACCGGAUCCGGGAGAACUCCCAAGAAGAAACUCAAAAAACAGUCUCAGCAACAUCAACCGCCAAUAAAGACCGUUCCACCGAUCGCGCCCGUCAUAGGUGCGAGCGUGGCCGCCGCCGCCGCCGAGCCGCAGCCGGCCGCGCCGCUCGACGUCAAGACCGCGCCCGCGGACGCCAAGCCCGCCGAGCCCGCGCCCGCGCCCGCCGAGCCCGCGCCCGCNAGCCCGCCGCGCGCGCCCGCCGACCCGCCCGCGCCCGCGCCGCCGCAGCGUCCGCCCGACUCCUCCGUGGCGCCCCUCACCCGGGACGUCGAGGACCAGAAACCCGUCCCCAAACUCGAGCCCCGGAACGGCCUCGACAAAGUGGUCGACCCCUCGCACUACAUCGACCCGAUCGAGCGGUCGCUCGCCAGCCUCGAGAGGAGUCUCAACGCCGACGUCCCGAUGGACGUCAGCGUCGGCGUCUCCGAGUCGUCCAUGCGGCUCGAGGACUUCGCUCUGCCCAAGACGCAGAUGAUGCCGGACGCGGCGCAUCAGAACCUCAUGGCGCAGCUGGGCGGCCUCACCGACAUAGCGCACGUGCCCGACCAGAUCAAGAGCGAGAUGUAUAUCCCGCCUCACAACGGGUUCGUGGAAAAGACGAUGCAGCACGACCGCGACAUUUUACGACCUGAUGUGAAUCCCACCAUACCUGACAUAGCGCCGGUGGCGCCGGUGUCGUCGAUAUUCGACCCCGUGCCGUCGGCCCCGCACAGUGUCAUCGCGCAGUCGCAUCACAACAUGCCCGGAGCCGCGUGUUUGAUGACGCCCGCCAUCAAGAAGGAAGAUAUCAAACCGCUGCUGACGCCGAAGCCCAUCGAGGAUCUUAUCGGUGUUACGAACAUGGCGAGCAAUAAAAUGUACGAUAGGGCUAAAUAUGAAAUGGACAAAAAGAUGGAAGAUGCGAAAAAUUCUAACUUUGUACAAGCUUUUAAAAUGAAACAGGAACAAAAUUUGAAAAAUGCUAGCUCAUGGUCCUCAUUGGCGCAAGCUGGUAGUCCUCAGAGUAUACCCAACGUGAGCACAAAUAAUCAAAUGAAACCUAAACCAGUCAUGGAUAGUUUCCAAGCGUUCAAAAAACAAGCCAAGGAAAAGAUAGAUCGUCAGAGAGCACUAAUCGAACAACAGGAGUUACGAAAGAAGGAGCAAGCGGAAAGAGAAAGGCAAAGACAAGAAACAGAACGACGACAUCCUGACGAAGAUACGAUGAGAGCGGUACAAGGAGUCCGGAAGCCUGAGAGCGCAGAGGUGGCGUCGCCGAGCGUAUCGCCGGUCGCGCGAGCAUCGCCGCCGGGCGCAAGCGGCGCGGCGGCGGCGGCGGCGCCGGACAAGGCCGCGGCCGCCGCCGGCGAGCGGGAGCGCGAGCGAUUGCGGCAGCGGCAGCGAGAGCAGGAGCGCCGGCGGCGCGAGGCCAUGGCCGGACAGAUAGACAUGAAUUUGCAGAGCGAUUUGAUGGCCGCGUUUGAGGAAUCGUUGUAAUAUGUUUCGAGAAUGUUAUAAUAAUAUGUACAUAUGAGUAUGAUAUAGUUAUAAAUAGAGCAAUGCAAUCGAUUUGUAUGGUGAUGUGACACCAAAGUGAUUUUGUGAUCGUUUUGUGUGUGAAAAGUUGACUAACAUGUGGUUAAGUGCUGUGAAUAGAUUACUUAUAUUAAAUUAAACUGUUGUACCAUCAAUCUAGACUUUGUGGUCGUGUUAUGGGCCUUUUAGGGGGUUGCAUUUUAAAUAACGUGUAUUAUAUAAGUUUGUAUGUAAGUUCUUAUAGUAAACAACUCUCUUUACAUUCGUAUGCCUAUAUAUUUAUAUUUCGUUCUAGAAGUGUCUUCUACCUUCCGCAAUUUGUUUUAUAGUACGUACUAAUGACUAGCGUCGUAGUGAUUGAAUUGGAAAAAGAAUCAGAAAUGUUUUAUUUUAUGUAAUUGAUCAAUAGACAAUCGACUAAACCAUGAAAUCUGUUAAUUCUCUACAUACUUCCUCAUUGUAUGGUUAUUAUUAUUAUAACCGCGUAUUUUGCAAAUAACAUUUAUCAUUGUAGGUGUAAACCCAAAUAAAGACAUACUGUACAAUUCAUUAGCGCUUCAAGUUGAUCAUACAAUGAGCAAGGGUGUGGACGUGUGUGUAUAUGUAUUUAUUAGUAGAUUGAAUUUCUGUUACGUAUUCGAUUUUCGAUAAAUAUUGCUUAAUGUUAGUAGAUUUUUUAUCAGUCUGUCACUUGAAAACAGAUCAAAUGUCAUACAUUUGAUUUGAAAUAUAUUUAUUUUACAUUGGAAUAUGUCUUUUUAUGUUUGUAGAUAGAUAACACCAUUACUGUAGACAGAUGUUUAGUACAGUAACAACCAAUUAACAUACUUUACCAGUAUGUAAUAAGCAUGGAAUAUCAAACCCAUCCUAAGAAUUGUAUAUUGUUAAGAAAAUUUUAAUUUCAGUCAUUACUCAAAAACUCGAAAUCAAAAUGUAGAUAUAAAGUAAAAUAUAUUGACAUUCCAUAAUGUACUGUGUUGUUUAAAUUCAUGUUUAUACUUAUUAUUACUCUUUUCAAUUGUUUGUUUAGAGUAAAAAUUUAAAUAAUAGGUUACCUAAAUCAUAGGAAAUCCACAUAAUGAUAAUCAACAGAUUAAAAAACUAAACGUGUGUAAUUAUUUAAAAUGUCGACAAAAGACUGCUGAAAAGUGUGUAACUAAUUGAGAAUCGAUUGAUGAUAUACCUAAUAUAAAUAACCUCGUGUUUGUCUUGUUUUAAAA